AUGGCAAAUUCUGUCCGCUACCGCAACGGUGAGCAGCGCAUCGUCGGGAUCAUCGGCGACGAGGACACAGUCACCGGGUUUCUUCUUGCCGGAGUCGGCGACAACCGAGUGAUGGCUAACCAAGGGGAGAAUCCAAGCGAAGGCCAGCAAAGCGGGCUUCCACCAAAUUACUAUGUUGUGACUCCAUCGACGCCUCUGUCGGAGAUCGAAGAAGCGUUUACAACCAUGUGUGGACGAAAGGAUAUUGGGAUCAUCAUCAUCUGCCAGCACAUAGCCAAUGAUAUUCGCCAUCUUAUGGAGGAACACAACACUGUGAUUCCUUGCAUCUUGGAGAUCCCAAGCAAGGGGCAAAAGUACGACGCCGAAAAGGAUUUUGUGCUGGAGAAGAUCACUCGUGCGCUGGGUAUUCGGUAG